CUGCAGCUGUUUCCCUGUGGGUCCGGGUGCACUGACUUUGGAGUCAGCCUUCAGCUGUGGAGAGGGCUCGGCGGGGACCAGCUGAGAAAGUUGCGCUGAGGGAGGCGGGGUUGAACCGGGCUGAGCCAGGCGCCCUGGGAAGAAGCAGGCGGGCAUUCCCGGGCGAACGCGUCGGUCACACACCCGGCGCGUCCCGGCGGUUCCGAUUUGAAGACCCGACUUCUCAUACAUUGGAUUAUGCCCAAGGCUUUUCUACCCAAUGAUCCUCUUGCAACACGCCGGGUUACCUCUGCCUAAGCGGCCCUCAUCCUCUCCUCCUAUGUCAGUGGCCGCCAGGUCUACAGGAACCUUGCAGCAUUCGCCGCAGAAGCCUUUUGGGCAGGAGGCUUCCUUACCUCUGGCAGGGGAAGAAGAGUUACCUAAGGGAGGGGAGCAAGACUCUGCCCUGGAGGAGCUCUGUAAGCCCCUAUACUGCAAACUCUGCAAUGUCACCUUGAACUCAGCGCAGCAAGCCCAGGCUCAUUAUCAGGGUAAAAAUCAUGGUAAAAAACUCAGAAAUUACUAUGCAGCGAACAGCUGUCCUCCUCCUGCCAGAAUGAGCAACACGGUAGAACCUGUGGCCACUCCAGCUGUUCCAGUCCCUCCGCAGAUGGGCUCCUUUAAGCCGGGAGGCAGAGUGAUCCUGGCCACGGAGAAUGAUUACUGUAAGCUCUGUGAUGCCUCCUUCAGCUCUCCGGCAGUGGCUCAGGCCCACUAUCAAGGGAAGAAUCAUGCCAAGAGGCUGCGGCUGGCGGAAGCUCAGAGUAACUCAUUCUCGGAAUCCUCAGAGGUGGGUCAACGGCGGACCCGGAAAGAAGGGAACGAAUAUAAAAUGAUGCCUAAUAGGAGAAAUAUGUAUACAGUACAGAAUAAUUCAGCAGGUCCGUACUUCAAUCGUCGCUCUCGGCAGAGAAUUCCGCGGGAUCUGGCCAUGUGCGUCACUCCGAGUGGCCAGUUUUACUGCUCAAUGUGUAAUGUUGGGGCUGGCGAAGAGGUGGAAUUCCGACAUCAUUUAGAGAGCAAGCAACAUAAAAGCAAGGUGUCUGAACAGCGGUACAGGAAUGAGAUGGAGAAUCUGGGCUAUGUAUAGUGAUUGUUGUAUUCAGAUAGAACAGCUCAUCCUGCCUGUUGUUUGCCUUCUGUCAACAUGCCCUGCUUUGUGGUCCUUUUGAUAUGAGUACAUUCCUCUGCUUAAUGUUAAUAUAUGUAACCUGCAGUGGUACUGUGAGAUGUUAAAACUGGGGAAGGACAAGAAUGUGCUUCUUAGGUCAUAAUAAUUUUCAGGUCAGUUGUGUUGAGUUACUUAGACCAUGUGACCACUCUACCCCAUGAGAAGUAAUUUUUUGUCUUGAUUGUUAUGGUCAGUUCGUACCUGACCACGUAGAGCUUUAACUAUUUAAUAAUCUCAUCUUCUUUUGCAAUUUUAGUUUUGUGUGCUCUUAAGUGAUUGGUUUUACGAGUUCUUCAGAUCACAGUAAAAACAAGUAAGGGGAGAUUGCAGUUUCCCAAGGCUUGUCUGGAACCACCACCUCAGCUCAGUGUCUUGGUGGCGAGGUAUCCUAUUAUAGGCUGCAUUAGGGUCUUUUCCAGGAUGCUUUUCUCUUGAUCAUGUCUUCCCAUUAUUGAGGUGAAGAUUUUCUUGGACUCAGACACUUCUGAUGUACUUGGGGACUUCCAAACAGUGAAACUUAAUUUCCAGUUAUGGAUUUCACAUAUUUAAAAGCCACCUUCUUCCCUCUCCACACCACCUCCCCCCCACCCCCAAAAAUGAAUUAGUUUGUCUAAUAUGCUCAUUUUCAUGCCCCAGCUAUGUUGUGCGAAUUUCCAAGCCUCACAUUUGAAUAUCCAAUGAAUUUAAGAUAGAUAUGAUAUUUUUUAAAAAAAUAUUUUUCAGCUAGUUUUAGAAAAUGUAAAGAUGUGUUUAAUUUUUCAAUUUAGAGUUACUUCAUUGAUAAUAAUGACUUAUAACUUACAUGAUGGUCUCAAUCAUAAGUUUAGAUCUCUACAUAUUUAGUUAGGCAGACUUUGUAGAUAAACCAAUCCUUACAUUUAACUCACAUUCAUCUCUGUCUUAUUAGUUUGCUGGCUGUUCUGAAAAAUACCACUACCUUACUGUUUCAUAGAUAGAGAGGAAUUUUUAAAAGGUUAAUCAAAUUUCAGUAUCAUUUCUAGUAGAAAAGUACAUGAACUUUGAUUUCAUUCUUUUUAAUUCAGCUUCCUUAAGGAUAAUAGAAAUACAGAAAUAUGUUAUAGAUUACUUGAUAUCUGAUAAUUACAACAGUAUUAUUAGUUUUUUAUUUUGUUUUUAAAAUAAAGCUCUAGUGUAUGUCUAGAUUAACUAAUGGAGUCCUCGAUGAACUUUCAUUAACUGUAUUUUAUCUACUUAUAUUUACAUGGAUAAGACCGGUGCUCAUCCAUACUUCUUUUGAAAGGCUACAUAGAAGUUUAUAUUGAGAAGUAUCUUUGCACUAUGGUCAGUUCACACUUGAUUGCUUAUAUUACCAAUUUAAAAAAAAAACACCAAACUCCUGUUUUUUUCUUGAGAAUUCUUUAUGCAGCGAAAUGGGGAGAAGGAAAAUUACAAUCGUCAUUCCUUUCCUUUAAUACUUCUAAACAGUUUCUGAACAAUCUAGACCUGUAUCUGAAGUUCAGUUUUAUGAUUAACCCCUGGUAUAAUAUCAAGUCACUCUUCUGUUGAAGUGAUGGCUUUUGAAAAGUAAAAUUUUUCAAUAUUUUUUUCCUUCCGGAAACAGAAGAAUGAAAUAACUUUUGUUUGAGAUUCUAUCUAGACCCAUGACUCUUAGUAUAAUAAUGCUUUGUGCAGCUAUCUAUAAAAUAGAGUUGAUUAGGGCAAUUUAGAGCUUAUUUUAUUGGUAAGAAGAUUAUUCAUUUUGCUGCUAAGUAAUUUUUUGGUAAAUUUUAAUAUUACAGUGCUGGCCACUUGGUUUUGUGAUUAUUUAAAAAUCCCAUCUUCUCUUUGUAUGUGCAUUUAUAUACAUACACACUCAUAUAUAUAAAACUAUAGAUAAACGCUUUUAUGUGAUAUCAUAGAGAAGAUUUCUUUGAAUUCUUAUUUCAGAUAACAGUAAAUGAUUGUGGAUAAGAAUUUGCAUUUUGUAAAAGUGAUAUUCAUCCAUUUUCAAUUUUUCCAUGGCAAAUAAAAUUAAAGGAAGGGGUUCCUUCAUUCUCCUCACUUUAUUUCAUUAUAUAUACAAAGAGGGUGGAUUUAAGGCCUUGGUGUUUUUCCCUGGCCUUGUGUAUUCAGGUUUCCAGUCUCCCAGUGCCCUUAAUGGAUGUUAUGAAUGCAUAAACGCAUUUUCUUUUAAAGGAAAAAGAUUUAUAGUGUUAUUUCUUACUUGCUAUAUUUCUUUGCACUAAAGAAGAGCUAAGUGUUUGUUUUAUAUGACACUUUAGAUACCAUAUUGCCUAUUCAGUUUACUCCUUAAUUUCUAAACUCUAGGAAGUUGAUGAAUAACUUCUGUGAUCAUUUAUGGAGGUGACAUACACAUCCCCCCUAAAAAGUCCCUACAGAUCUCUGUGACAGUGGUUGUGCUCUGGGCUUGUUGCCUUGUAAUAUUCUCUGUUCCACAGGUGAAACAAAGGGUGACAGAAGCUGUCAGAAAGGAAAUGCCUAAAAAUACAUCUCUGCAUGCUACAGUAUCUUAUAGUCAUGCAUUCCUUACAGACAGUGUUUUUUCCCUGUCAAAGAAGGUUGUUGCUACUACUGCAGUCAGUGAUAUGUGAUCUCCAUUGAUUUCAUUUUGUGAAGUCCAGUCCUGCUCUGUAAUGUGCUUUAGAAUUUGCACACUGUGCUCCCCAAGAAUCAUGUUAGGAUCUUUUGUAGGCUGUAUAUAAGGACGGACCGAGGCCUAAACAAUGGAAACCUGUAGUCAAUUAAAUUAAGCCGAUUUCAGUAACCAUCUGCAAGAAGACCUUAUGGCAUCAAAGUCUCUUUUCUCUGUGAAUAUCUUUGUGUAAGGUGUCCUUCAAAGCCAAUGUUAGAAGAUGACAGUUAGAAACUCUACUAAGAUAUUGAGGGCAAGAAGUUGUAAAGGAGAAAUUCCAUGUUCCAAUUAAAAGACUGGAUUGCAUAUGCCUUUGAAGUGUUUUUCUCCCCCCAAAAAAAAGUUAAGCUGCAAAACUGAGUGUGCCAUGUAAUCCUUUUGACUCCACAUCGAACAGAAAAUACUUUGUUGGUCUUUGUAUACCAUGUGCUGCAACUUGUAAAUAUGUGCAUGUUGUUUACUACAUUUGUCUGCCUGUCUCUUAACUGCACUGAAUUCUGUAAGUGAAUACUUUUUAAAAUACCAUCCAUUUUGAAAAAGUUCCUUCUUCAACUCCUUGCUCUUUUCCCUUUUAAUGUGUUAGUACACUUAGAAAACUGUUUAGGUUUUAGAAACCCUGAGGUUGAGUGGAGAGGCGUGCCUGAGAUUAUCCUUAUGUCCCUCUGACUUGGACCCCUAAAGGAAGCAUGAGAUCUUCUAUUUAUUUUGCAGGGCUGUUCUGUGACACUGGUAAUACUUGCUAUAGCUACCUAGCUACACUUUGAACAAGGAUAAAAUAUAUGUAUGUAUGUGUGUGUGUGUAUGUAAUCUUCCUCUGUAGACAGAUUUUAAGGAUUAACUGUGGGGUUUAUGAUUCCUUCACUCUUGAAUUGGCUGGAACGAUGAGCAGUGACAGUUUGAGGACUGUCCUGUGACCUCUGUAAAAUGAGUUUGCUUAUGCCAGGGGAGACAUGUAAUCAUCCCUCUUGGUAUCCUCUGCAGAGUGGCUCAGGAAUGGUGGAUUUGGAACCCAGUCUAUUUUGUUUCCUCAAUGUCAGAACUUAGGCUGAAGUCCUCUGUAAAGAACUUGGUGAGGCAUGUAAGGACAAUAGAGCUGCUUUAUAAAGAGAGAGAUGUUUUGUUGAUUUAGGCAAAAGUUUAAUACAGGCUAUUGAAGAGGUGUUUAAAAGUAUUUUACCUUAACCUUUUUUUUUUCCCCCAGCCAAAUCACUAUUCAGAAGUUUCAUAUAUAGUAGUGUUUUGUUGUUGGUUUUACUUAGUUAUUUUUUUUUUUUUUUGGCAGUGGAUCCCUGCUAUUGUGACUUAUUACUAUCAGUCUAACUGGAUGGACAAAUAGUUGUGUAAAUAGCUUCCCAUUUCUCUGAUAGCUCUUUCGACUUUCUCUUCCCAUUAGGAAUGGGAAGAUCAUUUGUAAACUCCCUUUCUGGGUAGCUACCAAAAAAAAAAAAGUACUGGCUUAUGGUCCCAUGUGACCCUGUCUCUAUUAAGCCCAGAAUAUGAGUGCCUUUAGCAAGUUUUAGCAUUUCACAGAGAGAAGAGAUGAUAGAAUUAUUGCCAUUAUUCAUAGUUCAUUAAACACAGGAACUUGGAAUAGCAGAGGUCUGUGUGAAUUCUGUGUUCUACAUUUUUCUUUUCCUUAAUGCAGGCUUAAUUUGAUAUUGAGUAAAACUGUUACUCAUAUUGAUCAGGAACUGUACAACCUGAAAAUGAAUUCAGUUGUCCUAGGCUGACAACAGUCAUAGAGUAUUUUUCAUCUUUAUCUGUGUUACACUUACAUUUAGUGAAUGGUAGUGUGGUGGAUAGGGAAGAGCUUGACACUGAUGUUUGGAAAAACUUCUUUCCAGUGUUCUUUUUCAAACUGUGUCUUCUGUAAAGAGGAGAGAAUUAUGUAUUGCAAAUGAAGUGGGAAGAGAUUGUCAUGCACAAUAAAUGUUAAUUGUUUUACUUUGUCUCUACAUUAAAAAAAGCAUCUUCAUAAAUCAGGUCUGAAGCCUUUUAAAACAAAAUUUUCCCUUUUUCAAAUAAUUUAAAAAAUUCCAAGUUGCUGAGUAUUUUGAGACUUUAAAACACACUACUAAAUUAAUUGUAGAAAUUUAACAUUUUACUAUGAAAAUUUUCAAACAUAUCAGAGGUGAAAAAAUUUUACAGUAACACUCCACUGGAUUCUGUAGUCAACAUUUUACUGUACUUGUAUGGCUACGUACCUGUCCAUCCCUCUAUUCAUCCAUCCACAGUUUAUUUUAAUAUAUAUUUCACAAUAUAAUAAAUCCACAGUUUAUUUUAAAUACAUGUUUCAAUGUAGAUUUUAGACAAUACAUUCUCCUUAAACACUUUUGCAUAGGUGUCAUUGACUCGAGUUUUAUAUUUGUGUAAAUAUCAGUAUCUUUUUAAAAGCAGUGUCUCAGUAAUAAAUUUAGAUCACACGUUUGUUGAACUCAUGAAGUUGAUAACCUGAGCCAAUGAACAUACACUUUUUCUCCUGUGGACUUUCGCCGCCUUCCAGUUUCUGUUUUUGUAUGUGCUUAGAAUGACGGAAGACAACUCUUUUCAAACUGGUUUUCUUGUGCUGGACAUUUUAAAUGCUUAGUUGUCAUAUAUUUUAAAGUUUCAUGAUAAGAAUUUCUCCCUGUCCCUAUUGUUAUGAUGUAUUUUUGCUGAACUAUGCAGCUUUAAAAAAUUGUGAGUUACUGAUUGGGAUUCAUGAAAUCAGAUUAUACCUCACUUCAGUCUGCUGCUGCUUUUGUCAUGUAUCAUGUUUCCUUCACUGCCUUCACCCAUUCUACCAGAAAGUAUAGAAUCAAAACCAUAGGCGAUUAGCUGUUUUAAAAACUCUAGAAGAGCAGAUUAAGUAGUUUAGAAAGUUAAAACCGUGAAUUUCAUAUAAAGCCUUUGAGUUCCCUGAGAAUGGAAUUGCCCAUGCUUCCUCUAGCCAUAAUUAGCAGGAUCAAAAAUGAUUGUACUGUACAAUGAGCUGUUGAAAUUGUGAGCCUUAGUAACCAUCUUUAGCUUUACUCUAGUACUGCCUGGAAAACAAUUUUUUUGACAUAUGCCUUUAUUAUGCCAAUUUUUUGUGGAUAAAGAAUUUAGGUGACUUGCUCUAGGGCAUAAAGGUGGAAUGGAUAUGUUGGAAUUGAAACUUCAAUAUUCUUGAUUCAUAUUCUUGUGCUAGUUUGAUAAGAUUCAUGGCUUCUAAAUAACACUUCCUUUGUGGCCCUUAAGAUGAAAAUAUGUAUUUUUACUAAUUAGACUUUAUAUUUAGGCAUUCCAUGACUUUUUGAACUUAAAGAUCUUUUGAUGGUCAUAUUUCCUCAUUAAGCCAAUGAAAUUGCUAAAAAUACACUUCGCUGUUGAAUACUAACUAAUGCAAGUUUUAUCAGAUUUAUUUUUGCAUUUCAAUGACUUUCAUGAUUCAUUCAUAACUCUUUCUAUGUAAGUGCUUAAGUGACCCCCUCACUAGUGAAAAUAAAUGUUCUCUAUCACUGAUUAUAUGUAUAUUCUCUACAUUAUCUAUUUUUUAAAGGAAAAGUAACCCCAUGUGUCAGAAUGAAUGAUUACUAUCCUAGGGCAAAGAACAUAUAAAGUUUAUUUCUACUCUGCAAAUCGGGCAACUACUCUGCAAAUCUGGCAUUUACAGGAACAAAACUCUUUCAGAGUGGUUGGUCAUUGUUUGCCUUCUUUUGCUACUUGAGCCUUUCUGUGGUUCUGUAAAUUUGUGAGUCAUCUUACAAGAAUUUCGUGUUGAUUCUGUGUUAAUCGGUGUUCACCUUGUGGUAUCCUUGUGGUAUUACUUGGCUGCCUCCAGUAAUUUAAUUUGGGUAUGGUGUGUCUGCUUUGAAAUGCCUUACUAGAGUAUGUCAGACUCUGCUCUAAAGCAUUCCAUGUAUCUGCUAGGACAAUAAGUUGCCUCUCUUGGAUGUAUGCUCUUAGAUCCAGAAGCAAAAAUGACUUUGCUUUCACUGUUAAGGCUGCAUUUUAGUGGUUAUUAUUUUAAAAUUAGACAAUAAAACCAUGGAAAACCAAUGGAGACUUUAGAAUCCUUCAUUUAAUGGCAUGGCAAGCUUUUAAAACAGUUUUUUGCUAUUUCACUAGAACAGUGUCUCUGGUAAAGGAUAUAGGUAAAAAAUGCCAGCCAAAACUGUGUGAAAUUGGAGUUGUUUCCUAAGAUUAUUUCCAAAUAUCCUAUAGGGGCUUGACAUCCGUGUACGCUGUUGGGGCUACGUGCCAGUCACUACUUUGGAAAUUUUUCUGUUUUGGGGCUACAGAAAUGACAAAAAAAUGUCGUGGGAUUUAAACCAAUCAACUGUGAAUUGUGAAAUUGAAAUUGCUCCUUUGGUUUUAUUUUCUUCUGUAUAUUGAAUAGAGAAAUCAAAAAGUUAUUUAAAAUUUAUACUGCUUAUGUUGAUGGCUCAUUUUGGCUGUGUAUCCUCACUAUGUACUGAUUUCUGAUAAAAGCUUGACAUUGUUAUAACGGGCAUUUUGU